AUGGACUGGCCGCUUCGCGAUUCGAUAUCAACAGUCACAUCGUCAGAGGCGGCGAUAGAAAGCACAGCCGGCACAGUGACGAGCACGGCCUCGACAGCUCCGUCCUCGAAGGGCAUCGGAGUGCCAAUGAUACCCGAAUCGGAAAUACUGCGUUGUCCGCCCUUAGCCGCGCUAUGCUUCCGAUCCAUCGACGCCAAGUCGGGGACGGAGUCAAUCCUUGGUGACAAGUAUGCGGCAGAGCUGGCCGACCGCCUUAACAUUACAUCCUCACGCCUGGGCACAAAGCCGGACCUGGCCAGCGAGCUCAUGUGCCUGCGGGCGAUGAUUGUGGACGUGUACUGCCUCAAGUUUGCAGACGCGCACCACGACGAGACGGGCUGCACGAUACUCAACUUGACCACAGGUUUCGACACGCGGUUCCUGCGGCUCAAGUCAAGACCGCAUGUUCGAUGGGUGGAGGUGGACAGUCCCGAGUUCACGCACAUGCGCCAGAGAGUAUUCCCGCCGUCGGGCCAUUUAUACCGCACGAGAACACCGUACCAAGUAUCCUCCGCGACCUCGCUGCCCCCGGCACCCACGACACCAGCAACUCCACACUACGACGAGAAGAUGGACAACGACAAGGAGCAGAACCCAGUCCUCGAGCUGGCCGUCGCGGACCUGGCCGACACGGACUCGUGGCUGCCCUCUGUGCCCGCGGACCGCCCGACGCUCGUCCUCAUGGAGGCCGGCGCGUGGAUGACGCCGAGGGCUGACUUUACCCACAUCAUGCGGUCCGUGGUGGACCACUUCGCCGCGCACGGCGGGCGCCUCGUGUUCGACGUCAUGAGCCGCCUCAACGCCCUCAUGUUCCGGUACAAGGCGAUCCCGCCCAUCCGUAUGUUCACCUUUAAGAUCGAGUGGCACUGCGAGGACGCCGACGCCCUGGGCGCCGAGAUCCACCCCCGGCUUAGGUACCUCGAGAAGAAGGGCUACCACGACGCCACGACCGAGGACAACGAGGAGUGGAUGCCCAACUUCUACGGCGGCAAGCUGAGGAGCAGGCUGCUGAACAAGAUGCCCGGGUUUAGCAGUGGUCUGAGGCUGUUGUUUUACGAGUUUCCAGCCUUGGCGGCGACUGGAGAAGUUGUGCCUGAGUUAAUAGAAAGAGAGAGAGCGUGA